AUGUUAAAUAUAAAAUUAGAAACAUCAAAUUUGUGGAACGGCAUGAAGUUUUUGGUAUCGUUUAGAUCGAUUGUUAAAGAUAGUUCGAGUCGCUCCGAAGUUAAGCCACAUGAUGAGAUCUUGGAUGAGAUAGAUGAAUAUAAAAAUCGGAACAAGAAGCAAAAAGAAAUGAAUUGCUGCCGUAUUACUCAUUGGAAACCUCAAACAAUAAAUAAAGAAUUUCUAUCAAUUUCGAAAGACUUCACGAUGAAAUCAUUCCGUAUGGUCAUAGGAAGACAGAGGAAACACCUCUUAAAGAACAGUUGUGAUCAAAAGAAAAGUAAUAUUUAUGAAUUUAUGAGCAAUUUAGUAGCAGAAGCGUAA